AUGGCAACUAGAAUUCAGUUUGAGAAUAAUUGUGAUAUUGGAGCUUUCUCUAAACUUACAAAUGCAUAUUGUAUGGUUGCCAUUGGAGGUUCUGAAGGCUUCUACAGUGUAUUUGAAUCUGAGCUAUCUGGUGUUAUCCCUGUGGUGAAGACAUCUGUUGCUGGCACCCGCAUUGUUGGUCGUCUUUGUGCUGGAAACAAGAAUGGACUUCUCUUGCCCCAUACCACCACAGACCAAGAACUUCAACAUUUGAGAAACAGUCUACCUGAUCAAGUUGUUGUUCAGAGGAUAGAAGAAAAACUAUCUGCUCUAGGGAAUUGUAUUGCAUGUAAUGACCACGUGGCCCUCACUCACACCGAUCUCGACAAGGAAACCGAGGAGAUAAUUGCAGAUGUUCUUGGAGUAGAAGUUUUCAGGCAAACCAUUGCUGGUAACAUUCUUGUUGGUAGUUUCUGCGCCCUCUCAAAUCAAGGUGGUUUGGUCCACCCUCACACAUCCAUAGAAGACUUGGAUGAACUUUCUACACUACUUCAAGUUCCUUUGGUUGCUGGAACUGUGAACCGAGGUAGUGAAGUGAUAGGUGCUGGAAUGAUAGUUAACGACUGGACAGCAUUUUGUGGUUCAGACACGACAGCAACAGAGCUUUCUGUAAUCGAGAAUGUUUUCAAGCUGAGGGACUCGAAACCUAGUGUCAUUGCCGAGGAGAUGAGGAAAUCCCUCAUUGACACCUAUGUUUGA